UUUCCACUGGAAAUUUCUGAAAUCUGAAGACUUUUAUAGCAAAUCCUCCAGUGUCAAAAUGAACACAGAUAGCGGUGGGUGUGCUCGCAAACGUGCUGCAAUGUCUGUCACAUUAACAGCUGUGAAGAGAGUUCAGAGUUCUCCAAACCUAUUGGCCUCAGGGUCCGAUUCUCAGUCUCCAGAUUCAGCUUGGCGAUCUUACAAUGAUGGCAGUAGAGAGACACUGAAUGGAGACGCUAGCAGUUCAUCUCUUUCAGCAAAAGGUUUUAGGAGCGUGCGGCCAAAUCUACAGGAUAAAAAAUCACCAACUCAGGCACCUCUGCCACCUCCUAGAAAAGAAAGCUUUCGGAAAGCAAGAGUAACUAAUCACGAGAACGAAAUUAAUCUCCAGGCAGUAACUGCUGGUCCAGCUAAACACCACGCCACAGAUACUGCCUAUUACACUAGUGAGACAUCUGUUCAGGAGACAAUGUCUUCUCAAAUAUCUAACACGAGUGUGUCCUAUGCACAAAAAAUCAUUAAACCACUGUCCUCAGUCUCCAGUGCAGACACAAGCACAGUAGCUGGCAUUAGUACUACUCUCCAUCAAGGCCAAAGGCAACAGUCUCAAAAACGUAAGAUAUCUACCCUGAAAUUAACCCGGACACGUGACUCAGCAAGUAGCAUUCCUUGUAAUUCACAGCAACAGCUCAAGCCUGUUGAAGAGCCAGUAUUUUCACAAAGGCCUGUCUCACCUGCCUGUAACCCCGUGCCUGAGAUACACAAAGCAUCUCUUUCCGUUCAAAUAGUUCCCACCCCUGACAAUAAAGCAGAGCCUGAAAUCCAAGAUCAUCCACCUAGUAUUUCUGCAGACACUUCAAAGAUGUCUUCAAAGGAUUUGGGACAAAAGUCUACAGUUCUUCCUUCUUCACAGGCUGCAGAAUGCCAUGUGCUUGGAAACCAGAAAGUAACUGCCCCUGUGAUGGAGGUAAAUGCUUCACAGACACACAGACAAACAGCAACAGAAGCUUCUCCACUGCCUCUUCCUUCUCCUGUGGUACCAGUUAACAGAGCCUCUUUUUCACCAGACAGUGGCACCCAUCUAGUACCAUAUUCUUUGCCAACGCUUGAUGAUUUUUUGCCUUCACGCUUUUUUAAAACCCCAGCCCUCUCACAGUUUCCGUAUAAUUGCCCGUACCUAGCUCCUGACAGUACGAUCCACAGGAACGAAACAGCCUCUGUGAGCACAGACUCUGCCAUGAGCGAGUGCUCCUCGCGCACAGUGAGUGAGUCCUCCACAGCCAUUCUAGAUGAGCUGCAGACUUGUAGCUAUGAUACUACUGACUGCUCUGAAACACCUUCCCCAACCUUGAGCCAGAUGUCUGCUGUGUCAGAUGGCACCACCUUAACCAACACUGCUGCCACUUCUCAUGCUCAGAUCACAGUGAAUGGGAAUUCUGGCACUGCUGCCAGCCCACUGAGUCACUUUCAAAGGCCUUUUUCCCCUUCUUCAGCUUACCCUCCACCAGCUUCACUCAAUUCCAACAUUGUUAUCAUGCAGCAUGGCAGGAUGAUGGAGUCCACAGAGACAUACUCACAGCAUGUUCAGAAUGUUGGCAGCACCACCACCACCAGUACAAUACCAAUCUGUAGAACCUCAGAAGAAGAAAAAAAAAUUACAGUAAUUAAAGCUCCACAUUAUGCAGGGAUUGGCCCGGUAGAUGAAUCUGGAAUCCCUACAGCAAUUAGAACGACAGUUGACAGGCCAAAGGAUUGGUACAAGACAAUGUUCAAGCAAAUCCAUAUGGUUCAUAAGCCUGAUGACGACACAGACUUGUAUAAUACUGCAUAUGCAUACAAUACUGGUAGCUACAGUCCCUCCUUCUCUGCUCAGGCACACCCAGCUGCAAAGACACAGACGUACAGACCACUGUCCAAAAGCGCUUCUGACAGUAGCUCUGAUGCCUUUAAGGUCUCAUCCCCUUUGCCACCACAUGUGCCACCACCAGUACCACCACAUCGUAUGAGACAACGGUCUACACCAGAAAAGAAUGACUGGGAUCCUCCUGACAGAAAGGUAGAUACUCGCAAGUUCCGUUCUGAACCAAGAAGUAUUUUUGAAUAUGAGCCGGGAAAGUCAUCAAUCCUUGAACACGAAAGACCGACUGAUCGCAUAAACCCAGAUGACAUAGAUUUAGAAAAUGAACCCUGGUAUAAAUUCUUUUCAGAGCUGGAGUUUGGACGUCCGCCACCUAAAAAGCUUUUGGACUAUGUUCAAGACAGUUCUUCUGGUGUUUCCAAUGAGGCUUCCUUAUAUCAUCACUAUUCAACAGACAGAGGCCUGGACAGACCCUCCAGUUCUGCAAGUACUGCGAGUGACUACAGGAAGCGAAGGAAGUCAGAACCCGCUGUAAGUCAUCAGAGGGCACACAGUGAUCAGAACGCCAACAGGCCUAACCUGGGCCGUACAGACACACAGGGCCCAUGCACCACCCUUAGGAAGCCUUUAACUAGCUCAUCUCCUUCUUCUCCAUCAAGAGCAAAAGGUGGGGAUAUUAGCAAAGUAUAUCCAUCCCUUUUAAGUUACCCAGUGCACAACCACAACACCUCAAAUGAAUUAGAUUACUGUAGCACUUACAGACAACAUUUAGCUGUUCCAAAUGAUUCAAGAAGGGCAACCAGCUACAAGAAUGGCUGGCAAAUGACUCGCCAAAAUGCAGAAGUCUGGAGUAGCACAGAGGAGACUGCCUCUCCAAAGAGGAAAUCCCGUAGCUGUGAUGACCUGUUAACAGAUGAUCACGAUAGCUAUCCUGAUGCACAGGCCAAGGCUGAAAGCAUGGGCUCUCUGUUAUGUGAGGAGGAUUCCAAAGAAAUUUGCUCAAUGAACUGGAACUCCCCAUAUGUUGAGGGUCGUGGUAGUGGUAGGUCGAGAGUUCGUCACAGAUCUGCACACGAUGCUCCAGGUUUCCUGAAGAUGUACAAAAAGAUGCACCGCAUCAAUCGCAAGGACUUGAUGAAUUCUGAGAUGAUUUGUUCUGUCAAGUCCAGAAUACUGCAAUAUGAGAAGGAACAGCACAAAGGUAUUCUUCAAGGGUGGAGAGAGUCUUCUACUGAGGAGGUGCCCAGAGACAUGGUGCCAACCAGAAUAUCUGAAUUUGAAAAGUUAAUUCAGAAGUCAAAAUCAAUGCCGAACCUUGGUGAUGACAUGUUGUCAGCUGUUACAUUAGAGCCUCCUAAAAAUGGCUUGUGUCCAAAGAGGCGAUUUUCUAUCGAAUCCCUGCUGGAAGAAGAAACUCCAGUCAGACAUCCCUCUCAGGUACAACGGAGCUACAAGUCUAAAACCCUGGUGCCAAUUCAUAUUGAAGUGACCAGUGAUGAGCCUCAACGAUCACAUAUAGAUUUUUCAGACAGCGAUCAAGACGGAGUGGUUUCUGAUCUCAGUGACUUUAUCCAGAUAGAGGGUUCAUCCUUUUGUAGUGAAAGUGACUUCGAUCACUUUUCGUUCACUUCAUCUGAAAGCUUUUAUGGAUCCGGCCAUCACCACCACCACCAUCACCACCACCACAGGCAUCUCAUCAGCUCCUGCAAAGGGCGAUGCCCAGCAUCCUACACCCGCUUCACCACCAUGCUAAAACAUGAAAGGGCUAAGCAAGAAACCACUGAAGAUCCAAGGAGACAGGAAGCAGAAUCUGGCCUGUCUAAGAUAGCAUUCCUUGUCAGUCCAGUGCCUUUCCGGAGGAAAAAAAGUGCAGCUCCUAAAAAACAAACUGAAAAGAAAAAAUGCAAGUCAUCUGUAUUUGAAGCACUAGAUUCUGCACUUAAAGACAUCUGUGACCAAAUUAAGGCUGAAAAAAGGCGGGGAAGCUUGCCCGACAACAGUAUAUUACACAGACUUAUUACUGAGCUGCUUCCAGACAUUCCAGAAAGGAAUUCAUCUCUUAAAGCUCUGAAAAAGAGUCCCACGCACCAGCCUUUUCAUCCACUGCCUCAAGAUGGUGCUAUCCAUUGUCCACUGUACCAGAAUGAUUGUGGAAGAUUACCUCUUAGUGCCUCUUUUCCAGACAUGGAUGCAACUAACAACAAUGAUAGUGCACUGUGUUUCCAAGACCAGGAGACUCCUGGAAGCUAUUCUUCUGCUUUCACUGAUGUGGGACGAUGUACGCCAAGGGAGAGAAGAGGAACUACAGACAAAGAGAAACUGCCAGCUAGAGCUGUAUAUGAUUUUAAAGCUCAAACUUCUAAAGAGCUGUCCUUUAAGAAAGGAGAUACUGUCUAUAUCCUCAGGAAAAUUGAUCAAAACUGGUAUGAGGGUGAGCACCAUGGAAGAGUUGGAAUAUUCCCAAUUUCUUAUGUUGAGAAACUUUCUCCCCCAGAAAAAGCACAGCCUGCCAGGCCUCCUCCCCCUGCACAGAUUGGAGAGAUUGGAGAAGCUGUUGCCAAAUAUAAUUUCAGCGCAGACACAAAUGUGGAGUUAUCACUUAGAAAGGGAGACAAAGUAAUUCUUCUUAAGCGAGUUGAUCAAAACUGGUAUGAAGGUAAAAUACCAGGAACCAACAAACAAGGCAUCUUCCCUGUUUCCUAUGUAGAAGUCAUCAAAAAGAAUCCGUCAAAAAGUGUUGAUGACUAUCCCGAACCUCCGAUACCCCAAAGCUAUUCUAGUGACAGAAUACAUCAUUUAAGUUCAACUAAGUUGCCUUCCCAAGCACAGAUCCCACUUUCCAGACAACUUCCCUCGUCUUGGUCACACAUUGAUCAAACGAUUCUUCAGGCUGACUCUAGUGACUUGUUCUCAAGGACUGUUGGGUUUUCACCUUCAGGCACGUGCAACUUAACUUCUCCAUCAGUUCCAGACAGUUUUCUUUGUGACUUAGAAGAACUCAAUUCUUUGGCAUUAGCAACCUCCCAAACUGUAGCAAUCUCCCCAGAUAAUAGCAUUCACCACAUUAAGGAUGGCCAUUUAAUGCCAAAUACAGAGGUGUUUCUCAGCCCUCCUACAGCUCUUCCUCUGUCCUUUCUUGUACCUCCCUCUGUCUCAUGUUCAGCUAGUUCAUCUCAUGACGUAGCAUAUAAGCGUGUCACCAGCAAUACCAAGUCAGGUAAAGAUAAAGACUUCGAAGGCAUAAUUGACUCUUUAGUUAUUGAACCUAGAGAUUUGUCAGAUACUACAAGAGAAGGUGAACAUGGCGCUAUCCAUAACAUCCCUGUGCCAUAUGAAGAAGGUCCCUUGUCCAGUGUGCUAGCUGCAAGUGCUGAAAACGAAGAGGAAAUCUGUACUGCAGAACUGGCACUUAAUAGAGGGGAUCAGUCAGAACCUCAAGAAUCAGAUUUCUCUGGAGAAGCACAAGACACAACAGAAGAACUGACUAGACUGUAUAUAGAGGAGGAUCUAGUACAUGACAAUUUAGAAUUCCCAAUAACCAGUGGAGAAGAUUCUAUGGAUUGUUAUGAAGGAUAUACUUCACCAAAGAUUGAUAAGGCACCUACUUCCCACUCUGUUCCUACAAUAUCCCUGUCUACUGCUUCCCUCUCACCUCCUCUCCUCUCUAAACCCUUACAUCAGCAGGAGAAAGACUCACUACAGUUAAAGCCACAGCGCCCUGUGCUUUCUCAUGAAAAUAUACACAGUGGGGGGGAACCGUUUCAGGCUCUAUAUAACUAUACUCCUAGGAACGAAGAUGAAUUGGAGCUCAGAGAGGGAGAUGUCAUUGAUGUGAUGGAAAAAUGUGAUGAUGGAUGGUUUGUGGGAACCUCAAGAAGAACCAAAUUCUUUGGUACUUUCCCUGGAAACUAUGUCAAGAGGCUGUGAAAUUUUUUUUCUACUUAUUUAUGCUGCAUCUCUGCAACACAUCUGCAUAAAGCUGCAAGAAAACAUGCUCCGCUGGCCUUCUGUUUUCUUGCUUGCAGUCUCAAAUAGAGGCCAUCUAGUUCAUCCUCAUCCCAUCCCACCCGCCAAACUGUUCCAGCAGUGUUACAGCAACGACCACAGUGUGAAUAACUAAGCAUUUCUGAGACAAGCGGAAUCAUUUCAACAUUUAAAUACUCCCUGCUUUUAAGUCUUUUCAUGUGAAACACAAUAGGAAAAGCCUGAUCACAGGUACACAGAUGAGUUGCCAUGGGGGGUGGGGGGAAAGGGGGAAUAAUUAUUCUUGGUUUGAACACUUGUGGUAUUACCAUGAAGUCUGGUGGGAUUUUUUCAGCAUGCAUGUAAUUCAGAGGAAAGUUGCUGUUUACUACUUUUUAAAAAAUUGAUUUUACACAUUCUUAUUAGCUUGGCAGCAUUUGUUGCUUCCACAUUGCUGUGUCACGGGUUUGCCUAUUGUACUGGUUUACAAUGUAUGACAAACUUUAAUAUAGAUUUUUUUGCCUGCACUUGUAUGCUGUAACAAAUGCACAGUGAUUGUAAAAUCUCAAGCAAGCAAGGUGAAAAAUGGGAGAACUGCAAGCGUUCUGAACGGGUGCAAUGGUAUUGGCUAAAUCUUUUUUCUUUUUUUUUCCCUAAUGAAAAACUGUAGUGAACCUGUAGUGUUUUCUGUUAAAAGGUAAGAAGUGCAAAAGACACAAAGACUUGGGGAAAAAGGAUUUAAGGAAGAGCAAGACAAUGCUGUAAGCAUAGACAGUAAUAACCUGCUAUUGAUGUCUGAUAUUAAAUGGUUGUAAUCAAAAUGUUGUAAUAGUAAGCAACAUGAAGUGUAAGAGGUUAGUGUUUUUACUUAUCAGGAAAUUAAAGAAGCAGGAAAGUAAACAGUGUUAGUGCAAAGGGUUGUUGGGUUUUGGUUUUUUUCUUUCUUAACAUAGCCACCUGAAAAAUAUUCACAAGCUUCAUGUACUGAUUUAUUUCACUAUAUAUGUGUAUGUAUGUUAAUGAAACCCAAGUUACACAUUCUUUUUAGGAAUUUAGACAGAAAAAAAGUCACAAGUAUUAAAACCAAUAUAUUUUAGAGGUGUUGGGUUUUGCUAUUUGUCUGAAUGAACAAGUGUUUGAAAACAUACAUUUUCCAUAAGCAAAGGUAAGCAUAAAUAGCAAAUGAAAUUAAGGCACAGGAUGAUAAUGACUAUGGCUUUAUAAAAAUAAAAAUUCGGAUUUGGUUUCUUUGGCACCUUAUAGAUGGCAAAAGCUUCUGCUGCGUUUUUCAUGGGUAAAGGAUCAAAAUUAUCAAAAUGUAUGUAGUCUCUGUAGCAUUUUGUACAUAAUUUUGCUUUUUGUACAGAGCCAUUUGGUUGUUGAUUUUUAAAAAAAUUAAGUUUCUUAUUUGCCCUCUUCACAUACAGAACAUUUCAAUGCAUUUUUCUUUUCAUGCUCUGUUUACCAUAAGCACAUCUGGAUAGUGCAAUUCUGUAAGAUAGCAUUUUAUGCAAAAUUUUAUUAAUUAAAAUAUGGUUUACCAGCCAAAUCUAAAUGUACAUAUGUCUUUAUUACUGAGAAAGGUCAUUAAGGCAAAGGUAAAGAAACAUCUUUGUGCAGCAUACCUUUAUUAUUGCAGAUUUCAUGGCAAAAGCUUUAUAUUCAAAGGCUUUCAAUUUUAAACUAGAUCUGCAUGCAGCUUUGCUGUGAGAUUAAUACUAUCUUUGAUGCCAUUUAUGAUUGAGGACUUAAAUAUCUGUUGCCUGUGAUAUUUAAAAAGUACUGUUUCUACUCUGUAUCUGAUUUUAGAAAAAUGCAGGUUUUUCAUACCUGGCUUUCAGGUAACUGACUUUGAAUUCCUACAAGCAAAAGGUCUCUGUGGUUUUUUUUUUCUUGAAUAGACUUCUAAUAAAUUUUGCUUGGAGUACAAA